ACGUGUCAGGCGCUCAGCGUACUGCAGUGUCUGGGGACCAUAAAUAGGGACGGACUGAUUCUGCUUCCUGUCAGCAGCCAGAAGAGAGGACAAGGACGUGGUGUGUUGGAUGUGAGACAGAGAGCCAGCUAGAAAGACAGCAAGGUGUUGCUUCCGCUUGCAGCGCACCACACUCUACAGAGAAGCUCUCACCCAGAAUGCAUAGCGGUGAGCAGCAUGUGGUGUGCGGGUGAGUUCCUGUCUCGCUUUCAGAAGGAGCUCUGCACCAGCACCACACACAGGUGGGUACUGAAGGUAGUGCCCUCUCUUGCUGCAGCUUGGACCCGCUUAUAGUGCCAGUCUCUGCUUUUCGCAAGCUUGCUCCCCAAACCAGGCCUGGAUCAUUAGCCGGUGACCACUGACCUCUGAUCCUGCAAACCCCUGCCACCUCUGCCAACCCCAGACCUACCACGUGCAUCACCUUCCACACAGCUGCAGUAACCCAGGAGCUGCCAAGUGCCAGUGGGAUCGUUCGGAGUCGGAACAUUUUUACAAUUGGAGCUUUCUUUAUGUCCGUGUGCGUGCCUGUGUGUAAAAAAAGAGAAAAAAACAGCCAGAAGUAAAUCAUUUUCAAUUUAUUUUCUGCCUGGGAAUUCUCUGUGAUUGUGUGUCGUGCCCUUGACCCCCACACACUUUGUUGUGGAAUAGGCUUCAUGUUAAUUGUUUGAAAAAGAGAAGCAAAGAAAGACUCCCUAUUAAAGGACAACCCAGCAGAUCCUCCUUGAACACACAUACACACACACACACACAAUUUUGUGCUAGCCAUGGCAAUGAACAUGGCCCACAUUCGCGACCCAAAAUGGCUGACACUGGAGGUGUGUCGUGAGUUCCAGAGGGGCACGUGCUCUCGUUCAGACGCUGAGUGCAAAUUCGCCCAUCCAGCCAAGAGCUGCCAGGUGGAGAACGGCCGAGUAAUCGCCUGCUUCGACUCGCUCAAGGGACGCUGUUCCAGAGAGAACUGUAAGUACCUGCACCCGCCUCCCCACCUGAAGACCCAGCUGGAGAUAAAUGGCCGCAAUAACCUGAUCCAGCAGAAGAACAUGGCUAUGCUUGCCCAGCAGAUGCAGAUCGCCAGUGCCAUCAUGCCCGGCAGCCAGCUUCAGCCAAUGCCUUUCAUCUCUGUCACGCCGAACUUAGCCACCAAUGCCAGUGCAGCAGCGGCAGCAGCUGCAGCAGCGGCGGCUUCCUUUAACCCAUACCUGAGUCCCGUAUCGCCAGCUCUAGUGCCCACUGCUGCUGACCUCUUACCCAGCGCGCCAGUCCUGAUCGGUGGGAAUCCUGCUGCCGUGGCACCUGUGACCUCCACAGCCAACGCAGCUGCCCAGAAACUUCUGCGCACUGACCGCCUGGAGGUGUGUCGCGAGUACCAGCGUGGUAACUGCUCUCGCGGUGAGACAGACUGCAGAUUUGCACACCCGGCUGACAGCACCAUGAUAGACUCCAGUGAGAACACUGUCACCGUGUGUAUGGACUACAUCAAGGGUCGCUGUUCACGGGACAAAUGCAAAUACUUCCAUCCUCCGGCACACCUGCAGGCCAAGAUCAAAGCAGCACAGCACCAGGUGAACCAGGCCACAGCCACCGCAGCCAUGCAGUUGUCCAGGAAUACACAGCACCCUGUAUAUCUUUCUUACCAGACGGCUGUCAAAUCACUGAAGCGACCCCUCGAGGCCACCUUUGACCUGGGCCUUCCUCAUAGCGUAAUUCCGCCUUUGCCAAAGAGACCAGCCCUCGAGAAAGCCAACGGUGCCACCACCAUGUUCAAUGCCGGCAUGCUGCAGUACCAACAGGCGCUGGCCAACAUGCAGUUUCAGCAGCAGGCAGCAUUUAUUCCUUCAGGCUCAAUAUUGUGCAUGACUCCUGCAGCAAGUGUGGUACCCAUGAUGCACGGCGCUUCACCAGCUGCUGUGUCCGCAGCAACCACGUCCGCCACUACUGUUCCCUUCGCAACCGCAUCAGCCAAUCAGGACUCUUCUCUAUCAAAGCUGACUACCAACGAAUACAUGCAAUUGAUUCCAAUAAUAUCGGCAGAACAUCUGACUAGCCACAAGUAUUUGACUCAAAUGUAGUAAGAGGCAAGAUCAAAUGAAUCUGCUCAUCUGUUACCUGGGACAGACGCAUACAAUUUAACACCAACGAAUAUUCACAUUUCAUUUACAUCAUUUGAGCCCUUGGGUAUCAUUAGUUUCAUUUAUAUAAUAUUCAAAGGACUAGUCCACGACAUACCAAUAUGCAGAAACAUGCAGUGCCCUUAGAAGUGACGUGGAAAGAAAUCGAUGUACAUAAGAUGGGUUCAUACACUUAGAAACACUUAGAGUAGCUAGAAACAGUCCGUUAGAGUCAAAUCUAACAAUUUAAAUAAUGAUAUCAACAGACAUGAUCACAAUAGACCAAAAGUUUUAGAGUUUUUUAAAUAUUUUUUUUGAAUUACUUCCCUUAGGUAUUUAAUUGAUGUUAUUUGUCAGUAACACUUUACUGAAGGUUAAAAUUGUAGAGCUGGUAUUUUUCACAUGCACAUUAAGCUGAAGCGUAGAUAAUGAACACCAUUGCACUAAAAUUUCAUCCCAGACUGAAAUAUUACAAGAGUCAUAAUAUAAUAACUAUAGUAAAUUGUAAGGUCAUUAUUUUAUUUAUAGUGAGUACAGUGGUAAGACCACUCUAAAUUUUGAGCUCGGGUGUGAUGGGAACAUACAAUAUUGUGAAAGAGAUAUUUCUUCAGAUGGAACAGAGAGAAGCAGGUCUGUGUUGCGUGCCUCUUAAACCAGGUACAGUUCACCUUUCAGUCUUAAUUAACGUACAUUCGUUGGUCAUGUUUUUAGUUUUGAUAUGUCUGCAUGGUGAAUGGUAAAACAUCAUGCCUUAUUCAAUGCCUGUUCAUUUAUUGAACUAUAAAGAAUCAGCAUUGUAGAUAUUUUCCUGAGAUGCGGUAACUGUAACAUUACAUGAGGUGUUACUUAUUUGACAAGGGUGGUUUACAAAAAUGUGAAAAUGCACCUUAAAUUCAAAGAUAUUUACAACUAUUCAUGGCACAAUACAUCCAGCGAAAUGCAAGUGGGUUUGUUGCUGCAUUAAAAAUGCAGACUUGCAGAGGAAGGAUCAGGAUUAAAGAAGACUAAUGAAUGUUUUUAUGUCAAAUCAGAAUCCUUCUGACCUUUUAAAGCACAUCUUAGCUUUAAAUCAAGCUUCACAAGAUAAACAAUAGGCUACAAUUGGAAAGUGUUAUAUCGACAGUGUUAUUCUGUUUACCAGAGAUUGUUUUUAUACAUAAUUUCAUGUCUAAGUUUUUUUUUUAUUUUCAAAUGAUUUUUAUUGCUGUUUGUUUGUAAUGCUCUCGAUGGUAAUGAUCUCCAUUCAACCUUAGAUAUGUCUUUUCGACUUGCAUGAGAACAGGGUUGCCUUUUCCUGUUGCCCUAUAUAGAGAUUUUAUUGCCUUGAAUGACGGCGUGACUUUUAAUUCAUGAAAUUGGGUAUCGGAGAUCACUGCAAUGUCAAACUUUACAUUGUCAGAGUAACUAAGAAUUGCAUGACGUGUAGAGACACGUCACAGUCACGAAGCAGAGUAUAAAUGAGGGCGCUGCUUAAACCUGAUGGUCAGAUUAGUUUUGAUUUAUUUUGUAUAUGAGCAGAACAGAUAUGUAUUUGGUUCAGGAUUUCUUUUGUAUGGAUUUGGUGCCAUUUGUGUUGUAUGUUUAUGAUUCCUGAUCUCAAAUAGCUUUUAGCCUAUGUACAGAAAAAAAGAUGAUAAUGUUGAACAUUCUGUUAAGUCGUGCCAAAGUUAAUUUUCUUGUUUUUUUUUCGUCAGUUUCACGGUCUUUACUAGUUGUGAAUGGUGACUGGUCAUGGUAUCAUCAAGGCUAAACCUAGUUAAGAGAAAGAUAAAUGAAGCUACUUCAUCUUUUCUGGUGUAAUUUCAGAUUUUAGUGAGACUGAAGUUAAAAAAUGUUAGACUCCCAGUUGGUUCUUAGAUCUAGAUCAGUGGAGCCUAUAGGUCUUAAGUCUAUUUUUGGUGUACAGAGAGAUAUAUCAUUCAGGGUUGGGGUCAAUUCAAUUUACAAGGUUAAUGAGAUAAAAGACUAUUUAAAAUGUAUUAGUAAAUGUUAAACAUAAAGUGUAAUUCAGCUCAUCAGGCUUGGCAAUUGAAUGAACCAAAAUGUGGUUGAGCCCAGCACUGGAGCUGUUGCUGUUUUUUCACUGAGGCCUUAGAUUUCAUUUAGUGUUUUCACUCAGAUGUUCCAGUCUUUUUAUUGUUUAUGCAUAUCUUAUAUUUUUAGUAAUCAUUUUAACACAUACUGCUCAGUUGUUUAAUUCACCAGCUUGGAUAAAAUCAUAUUGCAACAUGCUGCAUGUUUACUUUGUGGAAUUUACUUAUUUUGUAUUCGGUAAUAUUUGAUUUAAUACUUUGUAUUCUUUUUUUUCUGAACUUGUAAAUGCAUUUCAUCCCCCUUUUGUCCCCCUCCCUCCGUCUCUAUUAUUCUUAUUAAUAUUUAGUGAAUUUAUUUUUUUCAUUGUACAUUUUACUCUUUUAUUUGACAAUUUAUGUUUGAAUGUUUUGAUGUUUUUUUUAAUUAUUAUUAUUAUUUGAUAAUGAUUGUCCUUUUUUAUAUUGAUUUUGAAAAAUUGUUGAGGUGAAAUGAACCAUAAUGAUAUUUCUUAAUUUAACAAAUUUAAGAACUCUUUUUGGUUUACUUAUAGAGCAUAUGUGGAGAGUAAAAAGUUAUUUUCUAUUGUAUCCAUGUUAAAACAUAAAAUUGUAUUUUGAUAUUUUGAAAAAGAAAAAAAAACAUCCCUGAAUGUCAGGCCAAAAAUCUAUAUAUAUACAUAUACAUAUAAUAUUGAAUAUUUAGACGAUGAUGCCGAUGGUAAUAAGAGGCUAUGUUGUAGGGACUUUGGCUGGAAGUGAGAGAGCCAUGACCCGAGGGACAAAGGUCGAAUUUUGCACUUGUGUAUAUAGUCAAUAUAAAACAAGGAAAAGAAAACAUGUAUAAUAUGGAGAUCUUAUUUUGAAUAAUAAAAGAUUCUAUGAGAAAUUUUGUUAGGAUAAUUUAAGGAUAAUAGAGUAAUAGACCAGCUAACUGAAUUUGCUUGCAGAAGUGGCUCAGCUCCCUUUAUUAUUAUUAUUAUUAUUAUUACUUCAAAUCAUUGCUUUAAAAAAAUGGAAAAGCUCAACAUCACUCCGCCUUAAUCAUGUGCGCUGCCUGUUGUUUAAACCUCAGUGCUGACAUUUUGGCAAGUUGUCUCGUCAUGUGUGUGACCUGCAUUAAAAGCAGACACUGUUUUUCUGUGAAAAAUUUACCAAAGUAGAGCAUAAUGAGAAUAAACUAUUGGACUGUAACAGUUACAAAAAACGAAUAUUUAUAUGUAAUUAAUGACAAAUUUAUCAGACUGAUUCUUCUAAAUGACUGCAGGGAAUUUAGGCUUUGUUAAAUUUCUGAUAGAAAGACUUCAGAGUGUCUAACAGUAUUUACUGCCUGUCAGACAUGAAGACUGUCUCCAAAAUGUCACAUGUACCCUAAUAAGGAAAUCACUAAAAGUUUUACUUGGGCCUGAAUGUUGUUAGCUGCAUGUAGACAUUUAACCAGAUAAAAUCCACCUUUUAGAUAAGUAGGUAUGUCAAUAAGUUCGCACAAUACUGCAAUUGCCAUUUAAAAAAUGUCAUUAAAAGUAGUGACAAUUCUCAGCAUACGUUAAGUGACACAUUGACUCAAUUCCAUAAGGACAAAUGUGGGUAACACAGUAAACUAAUGAACUCAAAAUGACCAGACAUGCUAGCAUAAGCCUUACACACCAUAUUACGUGCACACACAUAGACACACACAUAGUGUGUGUGUAACAAGGCAACUGUGCCUUCAGCAGGAAAAGGUCAACCACCAAAAUAAAGGAAACACAAUGAAUGUAAAACUUCUGAUCGCCGUUUGAGGUUUUGACUCACUUACCGCUGCUGCACAAGUGCUAAUAAACCAAAGCAUCACUUUCAUCCGAACAGACGCAAUGCACAGCUCUGCUCUGCGUCUGCCACAGUGAAACCGCCGGUGGUCCCUACCUGCUGAAAGCACCUGCUUUAAUGAACGCUUCACACUCACCAUGUAAUCUCACGCUUACUCUUUGCUUACAGUUGCUAAGAUCUUGUACUAUGUUUUAAAAAUGUUUUAUGCACAUUUAUUAUUGUUUUAUUUGACUCUUGCUGUUAUGAAUGAAAAAAAGAAUAAAAAAUAAAAACCAAAAUGGAUUUCAAUUGAAAAA